UGGCAAACAUGGUGAAUAUACAGUGACGUGUGUUGUCAGACACUAGAUUUAAAAUAGUUAAUUUCAAAUUAUUUCAAGGAUGGAAUAUUUUAAAAGUGGUUUAAAAACAGUAUUAGGAGCUCAACAACCUGGAGAUCAACCCAGUGGUGCCGAUACAGUUGAAAGAUUAGUUGAUCGUGUAACAUCUUCAACUUUAUUGGAAGAUAGACGAGAUGCAUGUCGAGCACUUAAAGCAUUAUCACGAAAAUUUCGUGUUGAAGUUGGAGCACAAGGAAUGGACGCAUUACGUCAAACUCUUGAAACAGAUCGAGCUGAUAUUGAAAUAGUUAGUUAUUGUUUAGAUACAUUAUGUAAUAUAACAGCACCAGAAUCAUUUGAAGAUGAGCAAUCGAAUAAUGCUCAACUAUCAAGUAUUAAAGUUGGUGAACAAUUUUCUGAAAUGUUUUUAAAAAAUCCCGAUAAUGUUGCACUAAUUCUUAGUUUCUUAGAAGAAUAUAACUAUCAAGUUCGUCGACCUGCUGUAAAAUUACUAACGAAUUUAUUGGAUAAUAAAACACGGGAAAUACAGCAGAUUGUUCUUGAGAGCAAAUUGGGUGUUUCGAAAUUAAUGGAUUUGUUAGCUGAUAGUCGUGAAGUUAUUCGAAAUGAUGCUUUACGAUUGUUUAUUCAUCUAACGAAAGGAAAUGCGAAUAUACAAAAAAUUGUAGCUUUUGAAAAUGCUUUUGAUAGGCUAUUUGAUAUAAUCAUGGAUGAAGGAAGUACUGAUGGAGGAAUUAUUGUUGAAGAUUGUUUGCUUUUGAUGUUAAACUUAUUAAAAAAUAACACCAGUAAUCAAAACUUCUUCAAAGAAGGGAGUUAUAUUCAUAAAUUAGCGCCGAUGUUUAUACUUCCAGCUGAAAUCGAAGAACAAGGAUGGUCCCCGCAAAAAGUAUCAAAUAUGCAUUGUACGCUACAAUUAGUUCGUACGCUAGUUACACCAGGAAAUCCACAUCAUGUGGUUAGCUCUAGCCAAAAAACAAUGAAAUCAUGUGGAUUGUUAGAAACUUUGUGCAAUAUUUUAAUGGCAAGUGGUGUUCCAGCAGAUAUUUUAACAGAAACCAUAAAUACAGUUGGAGAUAUAAUUCGUGGUAAUUUGGGUAAUCAAGAAUAUUUCGCUUCAGUUAUGGCACCUUGCAAUCCACCACGACCAUCUUUAGUUAUACUGUUAAUGUCUAUGGUAAAUGAAAAACAGCCGUACCCAUUAAGAUGUGCUGUUUUAUACUGUUUUGAAUGUUUUUUAUAUAAAAAUGAAAUUGGACAAACUCAAGUUGUCCAAACUUUGUUACCAUCGAAUACUAACACACCAACUGUAACUAUGGGACAAUUACUUUGCAGUGGUUUAUUCAGCGCUGAACCAUUAUCCAGUUGGUUUUCAGCCGUAGCACUAUCUCAUGCUAUGGUUGAUAAUCCUGCACAAAAAGAGCAAAUGCUUCGGGUGUUAUUAGCUACGAAUUUGGGCACACAACCAAUUUCAUUGCUUCAUCAAUGUGCCACUAUGUUACAAGAAGGGAAUAAAUUAAAAGCUAAAGUUGGCAUAUUAAUAUUGUUAGCCACUUGGAUGGCGAAUUGUCCAGUGGCUGUUAAAACGUUUUUAAAUGUUCCUGGAAGUAUGGCAUUUUUAACUGCACAAACAUCCGCGAAUGAGCACGAUGUUAAUGAGGAUCUGUUACAAGGAUUAUGUGCAUUUUUAAUGGGAAUUUGUGUUUGUUUUAACGACGAUUCGGUGCAUACUUUCACGAUUGAAAAUCUAUGCCAAUUAAUUGAACGUCGAGUUGGAAUUGAAACAUAUAUUACGAAAUUAAGUGAUGUUUCUAAACAUGAGAUGUACAGUCGAGCUGCUAAACAACCACAAAUUAAAUCGAAAGCGUCAUGGGAUAUGUUGUUGGAUUUUGAAUUUUGUAAAUUGUUUAAAAGUUUAGAAGGAAUUAUAAUUAAAACUGUUUCAAGAGAUUUAAAUCGAUCAGCCGAUCAAAAUGGAUUAACUGAAUUUUCUUUAUCAUCACAAGAAAAUGGUUUACUACUUCAAUACAAAGAACUCAUACGUGAGCAAGAUAAACAAUUAAAAGAACUGACAAACAAAGUUGAACUACUUACAUCAGAUCGAAAUCAAACUCAGGAAAAAUUGGAAGACGCUGUUUCCAAGAAUUCUGAAUUACAAGAUCAGAUUACAUUACUACGUGCUCAACUUGCUGCUGAAGCAUCAUCGCCAUUAUCGUCUCCUAGUCAUGAAAUUCCAAUUACAGCACAAAAUAAUGAAACGAAUGAUGCGAACGUAGAAAAACUGAUAAACGAAAAAAAACUUGUUGAAGAUGAAUUAAAUACAUUGAAGGUGGAUCUUGAAGAUCUGUUACAACUUUUGACGCACCAAAGUUCAAAAUUGACACAAUAUAAAAAACGUUUAAGAGAAUUAGGUGAAGAAAUUAACGAUAGCGAUAGUGAUGUAAAUUCGAAUGAUGGUUCUGAUAGAGGUAGCCCAUGAAAUGUUAUUGCUUUAUUUUUGUUGUAA